CCAAAGAUUUGGAGAAGAUGUUGUUGGAAGAGUUCAUGAGAAUUUUGACUGUCCACGAACAAGUUCUGCAGAACAACGAGCAACGUAAAAAAAUUCAUUUCAGUGAGUGUUCAAAAUACUUUUUAAUUUUGCUUAAGUACUAUUUCAUUUAUUUUUUGUUGUCAACUAAAUGAUGUGAUGUGAUUUACUUCUCUUCUCUUCUCCAUUUCAACAAUUAAUCCACUCAUUUCCUUUCUAGUCCAACUUAACACACUGAAUCAACUACUCAUAAAUUUGAAAUAAUUGAAAAGAAAAAACUCUAGUUAGCCAAUUAAUUAAAGAUAAAAAAAAUAAAAAAGCAACAAAUUCAACUAACAAAAUACUAAAAAAAAUAUAUUUCAGAUACCUAAAUUGAAAUUCAAUUAAAAAUAUUUCAAAUUUAUAAAGGUAAUUAGAAUUUUAUUAAACCUAAAUUUUACGGGCAUUAGAGAUAAAAAAAAAAAAAAGAAAAAAAAACGAUGUUUUUUUACUUGGAAGGAGAGCAUUGUUGAGCUGACCUGAGCUAAGCUCGGACGACCUGGCUGCCGUGUUAUGUGGCGGCGCUCCCAUCUUCAUCUCCAUCUGCGACUUCUCAAUGUCGCCGAAGUUCCACAUUUCUCGUCCCCUCCUCUCUCUCUCAAGCGAGCCCUCUCUCAAUCCCCUCUCCCUAAUCAUCCUCUCCUUCUCUCAUUCCCACUAUUCCACUUCCAAAUCACCCUCUCACACCUCUCACUAUCUCUCUCAGUUUCUCCCUCUCGCCGACUCCACCUUCAAACCCCUCAACACAAUCACCGCACAUGAACGUCGCCUAGUCGUCCUGGGCCUAUCCACCGCCAUCAAAACCGACCAGAGUUUCGCCCUCAAGGCCUUCUCCCUCCGCUUCUGCCCCUUCCUUCUCGUCAAGAUUAUGACCUUCUUAGACACCCGCCAAGCCGCGUUUGCCUUCUUCAAGCUAGCCUUCGGGAACAAUUUCGAGGAGACCGUUCGCUUGAGCUGCGUCGCGGCGCAUGUUCUGGCGGCGAAGGGGCUUCACCUGCUCGCGCAGGACGUGGUCUCCUGGCUCAUUGCCAGGGUUGGGGCUGGGAGAGCCAACGAAAUAUUUGAGUUUAUGUGGAAGAAUCAUGCUAUUUAUGAGUCUGAUUUUUCUGUCUUGAAUACGCUUUUGCGGGGGUUUCUGAAUUUGGGGAUGAGUUUUGAGGCGUUGGAGGUUUUGCGUAAGAUGAGGGAUGUAGGAGUUAGGCCUGGUUUGUCUUCGCUGACUAUUCUCAUGAGGUUGUUGCUUAGGCUUGGUGAUUAUGGUAGUGUGUGGAAGGUGUUCAAGGAUAUGAUCCACAGAGGGCCUCGCCCUUCGAAUAUCACGUUUAAUGUGAUGUUGUAUGGGUUUUGUAGACAACAGAAGAUUGCGAUUGCGGAGAGUUUGUUACAUUUGAUGCCUAAGUUUAUGUGUAGUCCUGAUGUUUUUGCGUUUAACAUUCUUAUUAACGCGUGCUGUGUGAGGGCGAGGACUUCGGUUGCGUUUGAUUGGCUAAAUUUCAUGGUUAGAAGUGGCCUUGAACCGAGUCUUGCUACGUUUAAUACCAUUAUGCAUGCACUUUGCCGGGAAGGGAAUGUGAGGAGGGCGCAGAAGCUCUUUGAUGAGAUUCAGGAUAUGGGAAUUGCGCCAAAUGCAGCUAUGUAUAAUACACUGAUGGAUGGGUAUUUCAAGGCACGGGAAGUUAGUCAGGCUAGCUUGCUUUAUGAGAAGAUGAGGACUAAGGGUGUUUCUCCUGAUUGUGUGACUUUUAAUAUUUUGGUUGGGGGAUAUUAUAAGUAUGGGAGAAAAGAUGAUUGGAACAGGUUGUUGAAAGAUUUGAUUGUAUUGGGAUUGUUUCCAGAUUGUUCACUGUGUGAUGUAACUGUGUCUGUGCUAUGUUGGACUGGCAGAAUUGAUGAGGCCAUGGCAUUAUUGCAAGAACUGCUUGAAAAGGGACUAACUCUUAGUGUUGUCGCCUUUAACUCAGUAAUAGGAGCCUAUAGCAGGGCAGGUUUAGAAGACAAAGCUUUUGAAACCUAUCGUAUUAUGGUCUUGGGCGGUUUCACCCCUUCAUCGUCCACUUGUAAUUCUUUGCUUAUGAGUUUGUGUAGGAAAGGAUGCUUGCAAGAAGCCAGGAUACUUUUGUAUGGGAUGCUAGAGAAGGGGUUUCCCAUCAACAAAGUCGCUUACACGGUGCUUUUGGAUGGAUAUUUCAAGAUGAAUGAUUUGGAUGGAGCUCAGUUUCUCUGGAAGGAAAUGAAAGAAAGGGGUAUGUAUCCAGAUGCUGUUGCCUUUACAGCCUUAAUUGACGGGCUUUCAAAAGCAGGUAAUGUCGAGGAGGCACAUGAAGUGUUCUUAGAAAUGUCCGCUAUGGGUUUUGUUCCUAAUAAUUUUGCUUACAAUUCUUUGAUUAGAGGCCUCUGCAAUUGUGGGAGGAUGACUGAAGCAUUGAGGUUGGAGAAAGAGAUGAGGCAAAAAGGCAUUCUUUCUGACACCUUCACCUUCAAUAUCAUCAUUGAUGGUUAUUGUAGACGGGGACAAAUGAAGUUUGCAACUGAUACAUUUCUUGACAUGCAACGGAUUGGUUUGCCGCCUGAUAUUUUCACAUUUAACAUAUUAAUAGGAGGGUACUGCAAGGCAUUUGACAUGGUUGGCGCAGGUCAGAUGGUUAAUAAAAUGUACUCAUGUGGGCUUGACCCAGAUAUCACAACCUAUAAUACACAAAUGCAUGGCUACUGCAGAAUGCGAAAAAUGAAUCAAGCUGUUAUCAUUUUGGAUGAGCUCAUCUCCGCUGGCAUUGUUCCAGAUACAGUGACAUACAACACUAUGAUGAAUGGUAUUUGUAGUGAUAUAUUAGAUCGAGCUAUGAUUCUUACUGCCAAAUUACUUAAGAUCGGUUUUGUUCCAAAUGUGAUUACAACCAAUAUGUUGUUGUCACAAUUUUGCAAGCAGGGGAUGCCAGAGAAGGCAAUACUAUGGGGUCAAAAGUUGUCGGAGUUUUCCUUUGGUUUUGAUGAAAUCUCAUAUAGAAUACUGGAUCAAGCUUACCGUUUGAAACGAGAUAACAUUGAACUUGUGAGAGAAACAUAUGAGAAGGGCCUUUUUAUGGAUUUCCUCAUGUACAUCACAUUUGACUAUUUUUCAAGAAAUAAACCUCAGAAGAUUGAAAAUAGAGUAGAGUUAAUUGAAAAUCAAUUCAUUGCUUUGUGAACUUAUUAUUUCAUCUUUCUAGUAUCCUUGAAAUCUGCCAUGAUUUUAUGUAAUCGUGAGAACAGUACAUUGGACUCAUUCAUUGACUACUUGAGCAUUACAUGAAACAAGUGAUCAAAAUACGUUGUCAUAUACUGUAAGAAACCAUUGAGGGAUUGAUCACCCCUUUUGAAGAUAAAUGCAUUGGUUAUUACUACCCAUUCUGGAGGGUUUUACGCGUGUUUCUCUAUAAUGGAUAAUAACAGCCAAUUUUUAGAGGGCUGCAAAGGAAGCAUAAUUUGAUUCUAUGAUCGAGGCCUUGAGAACAUUGUCAGUCUAAAAUAUGAUUGAAUCUACUGAACUGCAGGUGAUGGAGAUUGGAGAGUUUUUUUGCUUGUGUUGAUCUGGGAAUUAGAACUGAACAUUGAUUGAAUCUACUGAACUGCAGGUGAUGGAGAUUGGAGAGUUUUUUUGCUUGUGUUGAUCUGGGAAUUAGAACUGAACAUUGUUAAGAAG